AUGUCGACGCUGUCUUUUGAGUCCCUCUGCUUAAAAGAUGAUGAUUGUCCAUCCCCAACUCUACCCCAGGGCCUGGAGGAUGAGUUUGACACAGACUUAGAGUUGGAUGAAAAAGAGGAGAGCAACAAGGAGAUGUCUAUAUCUGAAGUGUACCUCCAGGCCUGCAAGCUGGUGGGUGUGGUGCCAGUCUCUUACUUUAUACGAAACCUUGACUCUACAAUCAUAUCCCUCAGCCACCAUGGGCUAGGACCUUUGGGGUGCAAGGCACUUUCUAUUGCUUUGGUGACUGAUAUGCAUAUCAACACUCUGGAGCUGGCAGACAAUCACAUUCAAGCUGAGGGAGCCAAAUACCUUGUGGAGAUGCUGAGGGCUAAUUUCACCUUGCAGCACCUGGAUUUGUCCAACAACCAUCUGCAGUCUGCAGGGGCUGAGUAUGUGGCUAAAACCAAUUCCAGAAUAAAGGAACUAGACCUGAGCCAUAAUGAGUUUUGUGGAAAAGGAGGGGAACAUUUGGGACAACUGCUGGCAAACAAUGAGGGUCUUGAGGUGUUGGAUCUUAGCUGGAACCAUCUUAGAAUGAAAGGGGCUGUGGCUAUUUGUGCUGGACUCAAGGUGAAUAUAAUGUUAAAACACCUUGACUUAUCGUGGAACGGUUUUGGGAAUGAGGGCGCCCUGGCUAUGGGAGAGGCCCUAAAAUUCAACAACACUCUGGUGCACCUCAACCUCAACAACAACCGCCUCACCAAUGAGGGUGUCGGCAUGCUGUGCCGGGGUCUUGAGUUUAAUGACACACUCCGAGUUCUACUGCUGGCUUACAACUCUUUAACAGUAGAGGGGGCACUGGCCCUGGUUAAUGUGGUGAAGAACACACCUAGAACUGCCUUGGAAGAGAUCAACAUAUGUAAUGUGCUGGUAAAUGAGACAUUUGUGCAUCUGUUGGAGCGGACCUGUCAGGAGCAUCCUGGUUUGGAUGUACAGUUCGGAGGAGUCGGAGGCUUCAUCGCUAAGAAGCCACCAAAACGUGUUGAUCCAAUGAAAGUCAUCCAGGAUUAUUUAGAUCAACGCAAGCUACGCCUGUGGGAUUUCUUUCGGAAUAUUGACAAAGAUGGUACCAUGCGAGUCCCUGUUGCUGACUUCAGGAAGGCAGUGCAGCAAUCAAGUAUUCCUUUGGAUCGAUAUCAGAUUGAGGAGCUGGCUCAGAGACUUGAUCGUGACAGGACAGGAAUGGUAGACUACAGGGGACUGGCAGAUACAAGAAAACAGAUGAUGAGGGAUCACCGCCGCCAGCUGAGGAAGGUUGAGUCCCGUCAGAAGAAAGAGAAGCAGAAGAGCGACCGCAUCCUCAAAACCUUCCAGAGCGCCGUGGAGGCUGUAACACCACACAGCUCCAUGGUCAUGUCUCUAGGAGGUGCCAAAGAGGAUUCAAGUGGCCCUCAGCAUUUCUCUGCCACCCCUCUAAGUUCUUGGCACCACAUUGUCAUGUCCAACAGCAGUCGAUAUUCUGUCACUAAUCUGAGCAGUGAGCAUGUCCACCUGCCCAUGUUAGGAGGCAUAGCGCCUUACCGUCCCACCAGUUCCCCAGCUAUGCGCUCCUACUCUCAGCCAAACCUGCUGGAUGACUCCCCUCGCUCUGCUCCAGGCCAGUCCAUCUCUGCUCAGGGUAUACGCUCCGAUCCAGAGAUGGUCCACAGCAAGCUAAGCCCUACUGCUAACCACCUGACCAGGUCCAGGCCUGCUCUUGAUGCCAAGCAGCCAGUGGUUAAAGCCAAAACCAAGAAAGUAAAGAAAAAGAAAACCAUGAAACAUCUGGAUAAAGACUCAAAGAAUCAAAAUGUCAAGUGA